CUCAGACAGCGCUGGUACUUAGAUGGGAGCUGGUUGUGCCGGGCUGGGAGGCGAUGUGAGCCGAAAACUGACGUAGUAGGACGAGUGAUGGAAAGAGAGGCAAAUCGCCUGGAAAGAGAGCAUGUCCACAGUGUUUAUGAGAAGAUUGCGCCUUACUUCAGUGACAAACGAUACAAAGCCUGGCCCAAAGUCCAAGAAUUCCUUCUAGCUCAGGAGCCUGCAAGCCUAAUUGCUGAUAUAGGGUGUGGAAAUGGAAAAUAUCUUCACAUCAACAAAGAGGCAUUUAAAGUGGGAUGUGACUAUUGCUUACCAUUGGCAGAGGAUGCCCGCAGUCAUGGAUACGAAGUAAUGGUGUGUGAUGGCCUUCGGCUGCCCUAUCGUAACGGCUGCUUUGAUGCUGUCCUUUCCAUAGGAGUAAUCCAUCAUUUUUCAACGAAAGACCGUCGCAUUCAAGCCAUUCGGGAGAUGAGUAGGAUUUUGAAAAUUGGUGGGCAGAUCAUGAUUUACGUUUGGGCAAUGGAGCAGAAAAAAAGAAAAUUUGAGAAACAAGAUAUACUUGUUCCAUGGCACCUGGAAGCUAUUUCACCCAACACCACCUCUAGGAAACUAUCUGUGGAUCUAUCAAGAAGUCCAAACAAGGACUCUAGCAAGGUGGUUAUGGCUAAAGAAUUACAGCAGAGGACUAAAAGUGCCUCGUUUGGGGGUGACAAGGCAGCUGGAAAUAUUUUUCGUUUCAAACUUUUAUCAAGGUCUCUAGAUUCAGGUUUAGAUGUGAACAGUGAUGGAGUGAGCAAUAACAGAAAAUCUGAACAGCCACAACCUAGAAGUUUUUUAAAUCGCCUUGAAGAUUUUCUACCAAAAUCUAUGCAAAAUUUUGAGAUAAAUGUAAUAAAAAUGACUGAAUCGCUCCUUUUCCCGCUGCACAACAUGAGCAGUAGGGGCAAUGGUGAUGAACAAAUCGGUAGUACGGAAGUUAUCAAGGACUAUAGUAAAGUUGCCUUACCAGAUAUGGUUUCCACUCAUAACGACCAAUCUAGAAAGGGUUCCCUGAACCAAAAUCUUAGUACAAAACCUGCCAGUUCUUGUGCAGAUAAAUUGGAAAACAAUGCCCAGCUGGAUCGUGAGAAUCAUCUUGUCCCAUCACAUGGUAAAGGGGAGUGUUUUCGGUAUUAUCACAUCUUCAGAAAGGGUGAACUAAUUGAACUCAUAGAAAAAUUUGUACCAGAACUCCAUGUCGUGCAGACGUAUUUUGAUCAUUCCAAUUGGUGCGUGGUUGCUGAGAAAAUUCACCUUUGGGAGAUCUGACCAUCUUUUUACAGACAAGUGUUUUAUCUUAGUGUAUUUAUUUUUUUAGUUGCUGGUAGCUAGUUUAUGUGUUUUUAUAUUUAGGUUUAAAUUAAUACAGUCUUUUUUAAUAAUAUUAAAAAUAAAGAUUUUUUACUGUAGUGGUUUUAAAAAACUUUUUUCAGAUAAAUAAAAACAUGGCAAUGCUA